AUGCAUAAUUCUAUCAGCCUUAUUUAUGCAGUUCCCAUGCAAGAUGAUCAGAAACCAAAGCUGUAUAGUUUGGUGGCUGAUACAUUUAGCAAAAUGGCUAAAGUUAACACUUAUCAUUCCCACCCUGCUGCCCAUAGAUCUUCUGGGAAGACUGUUAGUGAUGACCCUGGUAAUAUUGAAAAUGGAAUUAAGAGGACCCCUUCCCUGGGUGAGAAUAGAUCUUCAAAAUUAGAGAGUGUCAUUUCCAUGGCGGAAGCAGGAGGGGACACAUCCGCAGAAGGAGAAACAAACACGUCCUCAGGGUUUUUUUCGUCAUUGAGAACCUGGUUCAGAAAGCACUUACGUCGAGAUGGCCAAACAUCUGAUUCUUCAGUUGAGGCUCAAGGGGGAGAAAACAAAGACAACAAAGCUGAGCCAAAGAAGGAUGGGAAAGAUGAUCAGAAAAAGGAAAAGAAAGAAAUUUUUGUGAUAGACCCUUCAAGCAACCUGUAUUACAGGUGGUUGGGAAUCAUUGCAGCCCCAGUAUUCUAUAACUUCUGUAUAUUGGUAUGUAGGGCCUGCUUUGAUGAGCUUCAGAUGAAUCAUCUUGCACUUUGGUUGUUCUUGGAUUAUUCCUCUGAUGUUAUCUACAUCAUGGACACAUUUGUCAAAUUCAGGACAGGUUUCCUUGAGCAAGGACUACUAGUUAAAGAUGAAAAGAAAUUAAAAGAAAAUUACAAAUCAACUUUGCAGUUCAAGUUCGACCUCUUGUCCCUUUUGCCAACUGAUUUGGGGUUUUUAUACUUUGGAAUGAACUAUCCUGAGCUGCGAUUUAACCGGUUGCUGAGACUUCCCCGGCUAUUUGAAUUUUUUGAUCGUACAGAAACAAGAACAAACUAUCCAAAUAUAUUUCGUAUUGGGAACCUUGUCUUGUACAUUCUCAUUAUUAUUCACUGGAAUGCAUGUAUAUAUUUCGCCAUUUCCAAACUAAUUGGAUUUGGAACUGACACCUGGGUUUAUCCCAAUAUCUCCCAUCCAGAAUACGGACGACUGGCCAGAAAGUAUAUUUACAGCUUAUACUGGUCAACGUUGACAUUGACAACUAUUGGAGAAACUCCACCUCCAGUGAAAGAUGGAGAGUAUCUGUUUGUGGUCAUGGACUUUUUAGUGGGUGUGCUUAUCUUUGCUACCAUCGUGGGUAACGUGGGCUCUAUGAUUUCUAACAUGAAUGCCUCUAGGACAGAGUUCCAGGCCAAGGUUGAUUCCAUCAAGCAAUACUUGCAGUUUCGAAAGGUCACUAAAGAGUUGGAAGCAAGAGUGAUUAAGUGGUUUGAUUAUCUGUGGACCAAUAAGAAAACAGUAGAAGAAACAAAAGUCCUGAGAUACCUCCCUGAUAAGCUGAAGGCUGAGAUUGCCAUAAAUGUCCACAUGGAUACCCUAAGGAAAGUGCGGAUCUUCCAAGAUUGUGAAGCUGGACUCCUGAUUGAGUUGGUGUUGAAAUUAACACCUACUGUUUUCAGUCCUGGAGACUAUAUAUGCAAAAAAGGUGAUAUUGGAAGAGAGAUGUAUAUUAUCAAAGAAGGGAAACUGGCUGUUGUGGCAGAUGAUGGGGUGACGCAGUUUGUGGUUCUAAGUGAUGGCAGUUACUUUGGAGAAAUCAGCAUCUUGAACAUCAAAGGCAGCAAAGCUGGCAACAGGAGAACUGCAAAUAUCAGAAGCAUAGGUUACUCUGAUCUAUUCUGUUUGUCUAAGGAUGACCUGAUGGAAGCUCUCACUGAAUAUCCUGACGCCAAAAAGGCACUAGAAGAAAAGGGGCGGCAAAUUUUGUUGAAAGAUAACUUGAUUGAUGAAGAGGCAGCUAAAGCAGGAGCUGACCCAAAAGACCUGGAAGAGAAAGUAAAUAAACUUGAAGCAUCUAUGGAUAUUCUUCAGACAAGGUUUGCUAGACUUUUAGCAGAGUACACUGCCUCACAGUCUAAACUCAAGCAGAGACUUGCAGAAGUUGAGACCCAAGUGAAGAAGCCUGAAAAUGCUUUGUUAGAUGUACCAGAAGAAGCUGGAAAACCACAAGAACAGAAAAAGAAUUAAGUAUGUAUGGUCAUCUUCAUUUAGCACAGAACUACUGCACCCUAAAAUAUGAACACAUUUGCAAAUAUGUGAACAGGAUUUUUUUUUAUCAUCUGGAAUCAGCAAGUUUGUAUAGUUUUUAACUGAAGCGAUUGUCUUCUAAAUAGUAAAUGCUGAACUUUUUUUGAUCUUUUUAGAAAUAGAUUUCCACAUUUCUUUUAUUUAUUUUGUAUUGGGGGAAGAUUUUCUAUGAGUGAUGAUGAUCACAUCUUAUUAUUAGGUGUUUGUAUAGACCUCAUCACAUUUAUCAUUAUAGCUUUGCAACAAGGAAACCUACUGCAGAGACACUUCUCUGAAUGGAACAGACUUUAUGAUAUGGAUGCUUAAAUACAACAAUAUGACUUGCCAAUUUCCUUCCUUGUAAUAGCGGUUUUUCCAUUAAUAUAAUGCAUCCAUUUCACAUUACUUUUUUUUUUUUUGCUCAUUAAAAAAAUCCUAAAUGUCUAGGACAUGUUGUCUAGAAUGUGUUGUCUAGAAUGUAUGUGAUGGAAAAUGGAGAGUGGGUUUGUCCAAAUGCAGACAUGUGCAACAGCAAACUAUCCACAUUGCUCUAACGUAUUGCAUCAGCAGAAAAAUCCAUCCAGCAACCCUUUUUAUGACUCACAUCCUGAUGGGUUUCAUGCUCAACAUUUUCCUGACAAAGUCACUCAAGUUUGCUCAGAGUUGGAUGCUACUUUGACAAAUGUAACUAAGAAGUUUAACAUGUAAAAUGUAACUAAGAAGGUUAACAUGAGUUCUGCUACCUGUGUCCUAUGAGGGAGUGAGUUCAAGAGGUGAUUAAUGCCUCUUUGAGGGAGGAAAUGGUACGUCCUCCUCCAACCUGAUAGAGUGUAUGCUUCUUGAAAGUACACACUCUCAAUUCUACAAUGUUAGGCAACUUCUGCCCAAUCUCUGAUCUUCACUUUUUGGGAACAUUCUGAUGAAGGUGGUGGUAGAGCUUCAUUGCAAAGAUGAAGCCGACUAUUUUAAUCCCUUAUAAUCAUGGUUCAGUUCUGGGCAUGGACAGCAGGGACAUGAAAGGAACCCCCUCAGAGGUUUCCUUGGAGAUGGUGAUGCCACCAGCUAAUCCUUUCAAUCCAGAAGUGCCUUGGUAGGUACUUCUGACACAAAUGCACUCAUGGAUGACCUCUACUGGAAUCUGGAUAAUGGAAGGGCAGCUCUUCAGGUGUUUCUGAUGGCAUGAGUUGUUUUACCCUUCUAGAACAGGGAUGUCAAACUCCCGGCGUCACAGUGGCAUCACAUGAUCGGGACUUUUCUCCCCUUCACUAAUCUGGGUGCGUGAUGCAUUUGGCCUAUGGGCUGGGAGUUUGACAGUCUUGUUCUAGACCAUCUUGGAAUGUUAGGGAAUGGGGGUUCUGCAGUGAUCUAUGCCUUCUAGGAGGUACCAUUUAAUAUUGGUGAGGGAUGAAUGGUCAGAUCCUUAGGCUCUCUCUGGGAACUGAAGUCCACAAGUCUUAAAAGAGCCAAGUUUGCAGACCCCUGACAUAGACCAUCAGGUGCAGACUUAGGAGUGUUUUCGCCCAGUCAUGAUUGGUAUGCCAAUUGUGUAAUUUCUUGGAUCUGGACCUCUGAAAAACAGUUAUCCACAUCCUCAUUAUCUCUAGAUUAGACUAGUACAAUGCACUCAUCCUAGAGCUGACAUUGAGGAAUAUUUAGAAACCAUAACUGAUACAGCAUGCAGCAACCUGCAUGUUGAGUACUGAGAACAAGUUCAUUAGAACAGCAUCUAAGUGAAUUCUGCUCUAGCUUCUAGUAGGCUUUGAAGUGCAUUUCAGUGUUGUCAUUGCUCUUUAAAGCACCACAGGGUUCAUGCCCAAAUUUCUUAUGGCUUGUGCAUUCCUUUGGGUCAAUGUUGAUUCUCAACAACUACCUUGGCAAAGUUUUCUUGGCAAAGUUUUUCAGAAGUGGUUUGCCAUUGCCUCCUUCCCUGGCCUGAGAGAGAGUUACUGCCCCAAGUUCAUGCAGCUGGAUUUGUGCUUAAGGCAGGAUUAGAGAUCACAAGUAUCCUGGUUUCUAGUCUGGUGCCUUAACCACUACCCCAGUAUAGCUCUCUAUUUUAUGACUGCCUGAUCCCUAUUAUUCUGUCCGCUCUACCUGGGAGAGAUAUUAUAGGUCAUUCCAACUUGAGAGGCAAAGGAACUUGGAAACCAUGUUCCACUACCCCUGCCCUGGUCCUCUGGAACUUCUCUCCAUCCAAGAUCUACAUGUGAUCCAGCCUUGCUAUCUUCAUGAGAGUGUUAAAUUUGGCUUUUCAGACAUUUUUUUUUGGAGAUUAGCAUCUAGGAUGUGUGUUCCUUAUUUAUUAAUUUAGCAAUAUUUAUGGUCUAUCUCAAUCCGUAUACAGACUGGGUAGUCUACUAAAAAGUCAUAAUCAAAAUAUUAAAAAACACUAUAAAACAUCAAUGUUCAUAAAUAGCAGAUAAGUAUUAUCAUAAGUAAAAGAGCAAAAAAAAAUAUCAAAGGGACAAAACUGGUGGCAAGGUUGGACCUAUCUGUAUAACUCUGUGGGGAGAGAAUUCUGUUGAGUGAACCUGAUAUAGAAAAGGUAUGACCUGAUGUAAUCUGUACCACAAAGGGCUUUCAAAGCAAUGACCAGACCACUGGAUUUGGAAGCCUAUUGAAGGCAGCGCAGUGACUUCAGGAUAAUGGUUAUUCUUUACCUUUUAGGGUUGUUCCAGGAGGAAUCUAGCAUCAUGGCUUGCACAGCUGUACCUCCUGGAUUAUCUGGAUAGGCUCAAACUUGAGCUUUUUGCUCAAUGGUGCCCACCUUUGACUUUUCACUAUCUUUGCCAUCACCGCAUGAGAUCAGUGAAUGGACAAAGCACUUGCCAGAGCAAUCUCAUCCAAUGCUUUGGCUUCUCCCAUUUUUCACAUUCAAGAAGGCCAAAGACGGAGCUGCCACCAAGUUGUAGGGACAUUACAUAUACAAGUUGUAGAGUCAUCCCCCAGUGUCUUUGGGAAACCUUCUGACUUGAUUAGCUGCCUAGGGAUGUUGUGAUCCAAGCUAACAAGGAAAUGAUCUUGAAGGACAAAUAUUAAAAUUCUCUAUUUUCAGACCAAGUCUCCUCUGUGGUGAAAUAAAGACCAGAUCAAGCAUGGGCCCGAUGUAUCAGACUGUGAUUGUUUGAGAGAAGCUAAUGAUAACCAUGAGGCUCAUAUACUACAUGAGAACACUUCUAGGGUAUGAGGGUAAAAACCUUUCAAGAUUCAAAGCCUUGGGAACUCAACUGCAAACUUCUGAGAUUCAGGAAUUCAUGGAAAGUCAUGUCUUAUUUUAGAAACAUGUAAUAUUUUAUAUACUUUGGUAUGGCUGAAUGUGGUUUUAUUAUGUUUUUAUUAGUAUUUUUUGUGAACUACUUACUUUUUUAUAAUUCAGCAUUAUAUAAUGAUAGUAAUAAACAAACAAAUAUCACAUAGAGGCCUGAACAAUGAAUAUUUGUAUUCUUAUCUCAUAAAAAAUGAACUUUUUUCCUAUUGAUACUCUCAUCCUAGUGAAAAGGCCUGAUGAAAUGCCAAGUGUUUGUUUGUUGUUGCAGAUCUAUAAAUAUACAUGAGUUGAGCAAUGGUGAGCAGCUGUGGAAGUGCUUUUGCUGAUUUUUUUGGGGGGGAUAUUUAUUCUAUUCUCACUCACCCGAUAUCAGGCUCAAAGGCAGCUGGAGUGUUACACUGAUUUUAGUGCUUUGGGGAGGGGUAUUUCUAUGUGCUUUGCACAAUCCUAAAAUUACUGAGGACAGCUGGAAUUGUCAGCUCUUUACAGCAGCAUCUCUAAUUUGUUCUGGCCUUCAAUUCCCAAAUUUCCAGCCAACAAGGUCAUGGGUUAUGCUGGCUGGGAGCUGAAUUCUGGCACAUUUGGAAGUUGCCAGUGGCUUUGGCUUUAAUUGAUAUCGCUUGGUGCUCCUGAUGUUCAAACUAAAAUGAAUACAAUUCUUCCAGUUAAACAAUACAAAAUAAAAUCGCAGUCAAAAGUUAAGUUGACCUAGGUAUUACAGCAAACAAUCAUAAGCUAGAAUACACUAAUUAAUCAUAAACUCCCAUCCCCCAUUUGGAACCUUAACUCCCCUUUAACCAGGGGUGAAAUGCUCCCGGUUCGGACCAGAUUGCAAAAGUAGACCAGUGCCUCCCAAGUUUUGUAUACUUUAUUAUUUUUAUUAUUUAUUAUUAUUGACCAUGCCCAUUCAGUCACCUGACCACCAAGCCACACCCACCAAUUAAGCCACACCCACAAAACCGGUAGGGAAAUUUUUUAGAUUUCACCCCUGCCUUUAACUAAUACAAUUCCAUCAUUCAUAGACUAUUUGAUACUUCUCAAUCUGAUAUUUGUUUUGAAUAUAGUCAAUCCACCUGUAAUACCCUGU